AUGGAUGCGCCCUACCAGUAUCAAGACCUUGAGUCGCCAAACGCCAUUCGCCUCAUCAAACUGUGUCGGGAAGAUGCACCCAGCGUAUCCGACGGCUAUCAGGCUGAAGCCUCGUUCACCUUCGACCUGGUCACCACCAACCUGAACGAUCCACCGCCAUAUGAGACUGUCUCCUAUGUUUGGGGUGACGGGGCUCAAGAUGCGCGCUUGGCUAUUGGAAAGAGUGGCUAUUUGAGCAUCACACAGCUCCUUGAGCGAUCCUUGGCGCAGAUAACAUCGGCUGCUGGGACGGGUUACCUAUGGAUUGACCAGAUCUGUAUCAAUCAACAAAGCACCUCGGAGAAAAACCACCAGGUCCAGAUCAUGGGCCAAAUAUACAAGCACUGCCAGCGAGUGUUGAUAUAUCUGGCGCCGGAACUAUACCCCCGCUGGGCUCGCUAUAGUCCGCUGAGAAGGGAAGAGGAACACGAUACAAAGGCCCUACAAGAAUCCAGCUUCCGGGAUAUAGUCAAACAUCUCGUGGAUUUUCAAGCUUGCCAUUUCUCCUCCGGGAAACCUCCGGAAUUGCUAGGCGCAGAUACUAUUGCUUCGAUUUAUCUCCUCUUCUUCCAUCCCUGGUUUUUCAGAGGUUGGGUUAUUCAAGAAAUGGUACUAUCUCCCAAAGCCAUGGUCUUAACUUGUGGACACGAGAUUAGCGUGGAAUUUCUGGAAUGGUUUGUGGACCGAGCAAACAGCAGCCAUUGGGCCGGCCCAGGCAAGAAGCCUCCGCUUCCCUGUGUUGAGGAUUUAAGAUGCAGAUACAAGAGAUUGGAAUUUUCGCCUGGUCACUCGCGCUUCCGGAAUAUGAUGAAGUUAAAGUCGUCCAAUAGCGCACUCCAGCUCUUGGACACAAUCUCUACAGGCAGCCAGUUUCGCCUUACAGUCGAUCAUGUAUUUGGUUUGCUCGGCAUCAUGGACUAUCUGGACCUUGCACCGAACUACUCUUUGGCCCCGCACGAGGUUUUUACCCUUACCGCAGCGAGUAUUAUCGACGCUUAUGGCACUCUCCACGUCCUCGAGCACCUACCCAGGGGGGAGGACCUCGACGCUCUACCCUCUUGGGUUCCCUACUGGCCGAGUACGGGAGUGGAGAAGACGACGUGGACGAGUGGUUACGAUACCACCAAGCUGGCAGCCUGCAGGAACCGGAAGCACAUCUUAUCGGCUGCUAGCGCCGUUCCUUACCUCCGAGUUCGAGGCAAACGAAUCGAUCGCGUAACCCGCGUUGGUGAGCGGUGGGAGGCUGCUACAAGCUACGUAACUCUUAAUAAAGCCCUCUUGGAGUGCGUAAACAACGUGGUGAACGUGGACCCCCAACUCAAUGUAGACUACGCCAUGGAAAUUCUCUUAGUGAAGCUUCACCGGGAAUUGCCCGAGCCAAUGCAGUCUUCUUUCUACCUUUUCAAAGCCGCAGCACUACCAGACUGGGGAUUGCGACUCCUAAAUUCUCCUCGGUGGUUGAUUGAAGAGUGGGAAAGCGUUAGGUUGAAGUACGAGGCCAUGGUAGAAUCGGAGAUCCAGAAACGCCCGCUUUACCCCAGUCUCAUCUCGAGUAUGCACGAAGCGUAUGAAAAGCUCGCAGAGAUGUGGGAAUCUCUAUCUCGUUGCACUCCCUUCUUGGUGGAAGGCAAACGCUGCGGUCAUGCUCAGCCGACACUGUAUAUCGAACCUGGGGAUAUUGUCUAUAUACUGCAUGGUUUGAACUGCCCCAUCAUUCUGAGGCAGAUCCAAGGUGGCGAUGCGGAUGAAAGCGGGAAGCUCGUAUAUACAGUUGUGGGUGUGUGCUACCUGGAUGGCUGCAUGAAUGGCGAAGCGGUUACCUGGGAGGAGGAUGAGGCGGAGGAAUUUCUCUUGAUAUGACACAUAAUAUUCUUGACUGUUUCGAGGAGAACGCGGUCAAGAUGGAUGCUGGGG